AUGCACAUGACUGCAAAUGUCAACUCCAACACCAUCCACUUUAUUGUUGUGGACUGGGACUUGAAGACUUGGAGACCUGUGAACACAUCUUUGCAGGCUCUAAUACUGCAGCAUUGCUUAUAUGGCAUGCCUCACAAUUCCAUUAUGUCAAAUAUCUUGACCUUCAUUUCAAUCAAUGGGACAUGGACAAAUAUCUUGAACUCACCUCAACAUGAUGCACUUGAGAAGCUGGCCAAGUACAAGAAUGCUUUUAAUGCCUCCCACCAAGAUCAAUUCAUCUCAUACAACCAGUUAUCAUUUAUGCCAAAUUCUGGUCUUAGCAUUUCUGAGGCACAGGCUACUAAAUGGGGAAUGCAGCUGCAAGUCCAGAUCAAUGUUGUUGCAGAUCUCAAAAUUUGCCUUGGGGUAUCUGACUGUUGGACACCUGAUUAUGUGGAAUAUGUCAAGGCUCUAGAGUAUAGCCAUUGCCAGCACUUCAUUUGCGCUAUUGAGGAACUCGCUAAUCUAGCAUCAACAGGGUAUAAACUUUGGAAACAAAUUUCUAAAGCCAUUGUGAAGCAUUCUGGUGCAAUCCACUCUGCACUUGACAAUCAUAUCAUAUGCAGUACUUGGAUACACUGGUCACCGCCUCAUUACCAGAGUGGUGAGGAUGCAGACAUUGGGGGGUUAGAUGUUGAAGAUGGCGAGGAGGCAGAUAUUGGAGGGUUAGAUAGUGGAGAUGGUGAGGAGGCUGCACGUUUUGAAGCUUACAUGGAACAAAUGUUAUGGGCCUGGAUUUGGAGAGCACUCAUCCUUCCCAUCUCUUCUCUUUCAAAUGAGGGGAGGAAGUGGCUAAAGGUCAGGGUUAACUGUCUUGAGAAAGUUCUUGACAAUCUUGCAUUUGCAGAUGAUGAUACAAACCUAGUGCUUGCCAAUGCCGUUAGUGACAUCACAACAACUCUUCUGAACAAUGUCCUUCCUCAAGUCUGCAAAGAGUGGUUUAAGCAGUGUUGGAAAAGAGUUGAACUACCAUCUCAUCUAGUGCUGCAUAAUAUCUCAAGUGUCAAAACUAUUGGGCCCAUGAUGACCUCCACCUCAUGUAUACCACCAUCCUCCCAACCAAGUACCAAUGUGACAGGCUUGAUGCCCAUGCCAUCUACUUCCAAGGAUUAUGCGAAGAUUCUCUUUGGAGCAUAUUGCCUUCCACAUGAUAUGAUACAUGAGAUCUGUGCCUGCAUUAACAAAGACACUGGGUUUGAGAGGGAAAAUUGGGAGAGUGUCACAACAUCUCAAAAAGUGGCCCAUCAAGAGAAGUUCAGGCCUGAGCGCUGGACACAACAUCAAUUAUAUCUUGAUGGAAAGUCUCUCUGGUGUAGCCCCAACACAUGGAAUGGAUUCAUUCACCAACAACUGAAUGGUAUCAAUGAAGGUCUUCCAAAAGAGGACCACUGCUUUUAUAUUGCUGUCAGAGGAGGCAUCAAAGACCUUAGUGAACCAAGGUUUUUCUUUUCAGGGAAGGCUGAGAAAUUUGUCUGUGCAGUUCUGGAGUUGGAGCCUCGACACUUGGCAUUGAAACUUAAGGCUUUUGCGAUACCAGGUCUCGAUGAGCUUGAUCUCUCAGAAGAGGUGUUAGUGGCAAGAAUUGCUAGUAACCAAGCUCAUCAAGCUAAGGGAGAGCAUGUCUACAAGCUAAGGAAGAAAUGUGCUGCAAAGAGAGUUGAGAAGAGUACAGAAUAUGUCGAAAGCAGUGGUGACAAGAUUGUUGAGAAGAGCGCAGAGUUGAUUGAGAGCAGUGAUGAAGACUAG